AUGCCCAUGGAAGAGCAAUCAACUGAUAAUGCUGAUAUGUCUGACAACGCAGCAGUGGCGGAGAACAAAUGCCUAACUGGCGAGCUGCAGCAUAAUAGCAUCAAACCACCGGUAUUCUGCAAGCAAAGGCCUGAUUUGUACUUUCUACAAAUGGAGUCCAGCUUUGCCAUAACUCGGGUGAAAAGCGACGAAACUAAAUAUCACUACGUCAUUAGUUCCCUGGAUGCGGAAGCAAUAAUGCAAAUCGCCGACAUUGUGAGCAAUCCGUCAGCAACAGAAAAAUAUGAGGCGGUAAAAAAAGCGCUCAUCGCCGAGUUUACAGAUUCUGAUCAACGUAAAAUUCGAAAGCUAAUCAAGGAGAGUGAGCUCGGUGAUUUAAAAUCGACGCAGUUGCUCAAACGCAUGAAAGCUUUAGCCAGAGACAAACUCAGCGAUGACGUCCUGAAUUCGCUGUGGCUGAAGCGUUUGCCUGACAAUGUGCGCGCGGUAAUCUCGAUCGGAACGGGCGAUUCGGCAGAAAUGGCAAGGCAGGCCGACCAGAUGAUGGAGAUGCUAAGCUUUUCAAAUGUGGCGACAAUACAAAGCGAAGUGGGUCUCAGCAAGCAGGUAGAACGGCUGCAAUCACAAAUAGACGAACUCCGACUAUCAAGAACGUCGCGCGCCGGAAAUAAGGACCCAACUGCUCGUAGCAGAAGCCGAUCACGACCACGUUUUCCUUUUUGCAAAUACCACUGGCGUUUUGGUGCAAAAGCAAACAAAUGUAUCGAGCCAAGCCAGUUCAAAAGACUAGACAUGAAGGAAAACUAG